AAAGGCCUGCCCGCUCGGAAGGCAUGCCCGGCUCGCCUCCAUCCUUGCACCGCCCGCCGCGAUCCGGCGCCGUGACCCCCUUUCCCUUUCUCCUCGCCAGGCGCGGAAGCCGCUGGUGGAGAAGAAGCGGCGGGCGCGGAUCAACGAGAGCUUGCAAGAACUCCGGCUGAUCUUGGCCGACACGGAGUUCCAAGCGAAGAUGGAGAACGCCGAGGUGCUGGAGCUGACGGUGAAACGGGUGCAGGCCAUAUUGCAAGACCGGGCGCAAGAUGGUGACAAACGACAGCGGGAGGCCAGUGAACGCUUUGCUGCUGGGUAUAUCCAGUGCAUGCAUGAAGUCCAUACAUUUGUCUCAAGCUGUCCUGGGAUUGAUUCAACCAUUGCCGCGGAGCUGUUGAACCAUCUUUUGGAGUCGAUGCCCCUGAACGAAGGCAGCUUUCAGGACUUGAUUGUGGACGUCCUGUCGGAUCCCUCCAUCAGCCCGUGGCCGAAUAACGAUGGUCUCUCCCAAAUGCCUGGAGCUUUUCACUUGCCCAGUUCACCUCUUCCUUCACCUUCCUCCAGUGAGGAGAUUUGCUCCGAUCUGGAAGACACAGAGUCCGAGCAGAGCCACGUCACUUUGGAUGGACUGGAGAGGUCUAGAACGCAAAGUGUGCCUUCCCCCAGCCUUUCCAAAUCUGUGUGGAGACCUUGGUAACAAACUGCACAGGAAACCAACGAAGAUCUACCUAACAGGGAGAAUACUUGAGCACUGUGUUCUUCUAGCCAUUGGAAUAGAGACAAUGAUGAUUUCAGAUGGUGCAUUUGUGUCGUAAAAUUUCUGUGUUUCAGGACUUUCAUAGAUGGCACUCUUCUACUGUCAGAUCCUGACAGGCUAAAUAGCUGAAUGAGUUAACAUUUCAUCUGUGAGUGUGGGUGAUGAGUUUUGUAAGUCUCGGUUUCUUUUUAUUAGGGAUGUGGGGUAAAAAAAGGGAAAGGGAGCCUGUGCAAGCAGAGCUCUUUUAUUGAUGCACAGCUGAGUUUUGCAACUUACCUGUUUUCUCCUUCUUUUUCUUCAUUUUGGCUCUUAUAAGUGGCCCCAGAAGUAACUACCUUUUUUCUGUUAGGAAAAAAAAAUCCCUUGUGCAUUUGAGAACCGGGUGGUUUAAUCUAAUGAAAGGUAUGAAGUUGAGUGUUUAUGCACAUCUUCAGAUUUUUUUUUUUAGCAAUAGCAUUAAAAAACAAAGAAGAAAAAUCCCUGAAAGGGAUUGGUGAAUCUAGUCUCUUGAUGAGUUUAGUGGUCUAGGAUCUCUCCUUCAGUGAAGGAAGAGGACACUAGAAGCCAGACUAGAAUUAGGUGAGCAUUUAAAAUAUUGGUGUCAGGGUGCCUUUUAGAAGCGUGUCUUGUGCACAUUUUCUAGCACAUUUUGAAUUUGUUGUGAUAGGUAUGUUAGUGCGUCAAAUGUUUUUUUUAAUCUUUUUUAAAAAAUAAUAAGCAAAACUCACCAAUGAUUGCAUGUAUUUUGAGGUGUGACACUUCUGCUCUCGAAAUUCCGUUCCAUUUUAACUAUUUGAUAAAAUAAGUAUUCUUGAGUGCAAACAUUGGUAAUUAAGCACUUAAUUCUUGUUUUGGACUUACCUGUUAAAGUUUGGGGAGCCGGGAUGUUUCGUUUGCUCACAUUUCUUUGCCAGCCUUAGUUUUGGCAGAUUAAAUUACUGGGUUCCAUCAUGUAAUUUCCAGAUUUUAAACUCUGAAAUUUGGUUUGGCAUUACUUGAUGCUUCAAAGCAACAACAAUCUGUAAUUUGUGCAGACAGACUGUACAAAUUUUUCCUUAGAAGCAGGUCUCACUAUAUUGAGUGGAACUUACUCCUAAGUAAAUGCACAUAGAGUGCAGAAUUAAUAAGAAUUAGAAUUAAUGAGAAGUGUGCUAUUGAGAAUGUUGACCAGUGUGAAUUUUUUCCUGGUUGAAUGGAAAAUAAUAAUAACAGGCAAUUGCUUGGGAAUCUUAAAAGAGCUAUGAUCUGUUGUAAGCGCAGCCUUUUUUAACCCCUCAAAACCCAUCCUUUGGAACUGGGAUGUGUGAGCUGUUUCUUCUGUUCUAUUUCCAGAGCUGUCAUUGUAACAUAGACCUAUGCUGUAAAAUUACUAAAUACAUGAAAGUGUCCCAACAUGGCAAAAGGGAGGGGUAAAAGAUAGAGGGCUAGCAAUGUGAUCUUCCUUUUUGUUAACCAUGUGGAAUAAUAAAAGUGGAAACAAAG